ACAGACGUGAAUGGGAUCGAGGCAACAAGCGUCUUUCCAACGUGCGCCGCGCAGACCCACCAGAAGAAGUUUAUGGGUUUUUGUUAUUUUGAGGAAGAGUCUGACCCAAAAUCAAAAAAGAGAAGCGCACGCGAAGUUCACCGUCUUGAAAACUGCAGGAUCGCACAGCUACAAACCGUAUUCUAUUUUUGUGAAAUCAACAUGCAGUUGUAAUUUUUUGGAGUCUCGCCGCGAACGCGCAAUAGAGUUAGAGCCCAUGAAGGGACCUGAGCAAAAUUAAUAGUGACAGCCGUACCAGAUGAUUGGUGGUGAAUUGAUAAGAUAAGUACAUACAAGUUUCCAGGAAUCAUGCCCAGUGUAGCAGCUGCAGCACCGUCCGCGACCUCCAUGCAACGGAGUUCCUCAGCAAAGGCGUCACCUGUGCUGAGUGAAAACUUGAAGCGCAAUAUCACAAAGCACAUGGUGGAGGAGACUGAGGUACUUACUACGCAUUCUUUUGAAUCGCUUUAUAUGUUGAUUUUUGCUUUUUAUUAGUUUUGACAGGGCAUACUAAAAGCUUUUCUCCUUCUUUCGGUAUAUCCAAAAAUGUUGCGGUAGACGUCGAUUCGGAGGUCCCGCUUGAGGAGUGUAGAAAAAGGAAUGAAGUCUCUUCAUCGAUCUUUUCGCAGGAUUCUAGCCGGCACAUGGUUACCAUGCUCGCGUCGCGAGUCAAUCAGGUUGGCUGUCAGAUACUAGCGGCGUUUCCGCCGCACAUGCGCGAAAUGAAGGUAAAGGACGUCUGGGGCCUUCUCGAGCAACAGGGCUCUGCUGCCACCAACGAUAAACGAGAGCAGGCAUCCUCCUCGAGCGCCCCGGGAAAAACUACCGGCCCAGGUAGAGCACCGCUAGUCGUUUUUUGCCCCCCGUGCGCUUCGUUCAGUUUGCGAAUAGAAGAAAAGAUUUCAAAUUGCUUUUUCCAGACUUUUGAUUGUUGCAGCGAGACCAUACUCAAAGAACUCGCAAGUUGUGAGCGAAAUGACGAAACAAAUCGCAGGUCCUGGAGCGAUUGCUUCCAGUUCGCAGAAACGGAGCUCACUACCACCAAACAGGAAACCGGGAGAGAACCUAACGCCCGCCAUGGACGAUGUCAAAUACAUGACGGUAAAUGAUUGCAUUUCUUUUCAUCUUUUUUCUCCUCGCACGAUUUUACAAAAUGGUUUCGUUUUCAUGGCUUCAUGUCGUCGACCCACUACUUUUUUGCAUAUUACAACAGGCUGAGCAACGACAAGAGCUGCUGGGAAAGCUGUGUGGAUAUGUGCAAGAGCUUGAGUCUAUGGGGGAAUACAGAACGAAACGUCGCAAAGAUGAUCCGACCUGAAGGUGCGGAGGUAUUAGUAGAGUUUUUCAGAAGCAGAAUUGAACGGAGACGAAGCAAAGUCCUCG